AUGGCGGAUAAAAAGAAGAAGGGCGGUGGUAAAAAGGGUAAAAAGAAAAAAGGUGGAGAAAAUGUGUAUGAAGCACUCUUAGCCUAUAAAAUUAGUGUUAUCGAUAAAGAACUAGAAGAGUGGCGCUAUAAAAUUUAUCAAAUUGAAGAAGAUAAUGAACAGCUGAAUGGUCGAGACGCCGUACUUAGAGAAGAAUGUGCAACGAGCAUGAAAAAAUUGGUGACAAAUGCACUGCAGUUCGAUAAAGAAAAUAUUAGCUAUCCAACAGUCCAUGCUACGUUACAUGAUAAGGUCGAAGCAGCAAAGCACGAGGAAGCUGGAAUCAAAGAAAUUCACGAUCAAAUGCUUCAGGUUGAAAUUGAGAUAUUUAAAGUUCGUAGUCAAAUUAAACAUUUUCUUAAAUACCGUGAUUAUACACGAAUCGAAGAAUUAAAAGCCAUUCAAGCACUCGAAAAAGAAUUAGCUUAUAUGAUUGACAACUAUAGUGUAUUAUCAAAAUAUUUCGAAAAAUCGACAAAAGAUGAACGAUCACAAAUUACAAAAUUGACAGACGAAAAAAUUGAACAAAAAAGGAAAACAGUCUCUGAGAGGGUAGCACUGGGACUUGACAGAUAUACAAAAAAAAUGUUGAGUGAAAAUGAAUAUAUGAGAAAAGAAAUUGCAACUCGUAAACAAGAAUUACGAGAAUUAGAGGAUUACUUGUUCGAUUUAGAACAGAAGAAUAUCGAUAUGUCUGAAAAAUUGAAUAUAGCCCACAGAACAGAUACUGUUACCUAUGUAAAUACAUUUAUGACAGAGUUUAAUGAUGAUAUGAUUACAAAUUUUGACAGAGAUUCAUCCCUAGAAGUUGAUCUUGGACAACUAUCAUUACGAAGCAACCAGGAACACCAUACAUUUAACAAAGUGUUAGAUAAUAUACUGGAAAAUACUACAGAUCUGACUAACGAAGAAGAGACAAUCGUUUCACCAACAACAACAUUAUGUUUGGAAGGCACUCGAAUGCAUAUGAUUCCACCUCCACAAUUGAGUGAAGAAGAAGAUAAAUUUUCGGAAUUUAAUCCACCAACAUGGAUCGAUACACCUCAUAUUAAACAAGCUUUAAGCAGAAUGACUGUAUGA